ACAAGGGGCGUGGUCUUCCUGCGUUUACUAAACUGACAUUUUUGCCUUUCUUCUGACGGGAAACUACUGCACUCUUUAACGACAGAAACAGCCGAGAAAUCCGCACUUUGACUCUUUUAUUCAAUACAUAUCGGCUCGGCGCAGAAGGACCGAACAUGUUUUACACUUGUGGACCGAACGAAGCCAUGGUGGUGUCUGGCUGUGGCCGGUCUCCUCCUCUGAUGAUCGCAGGAGGACGUGUGUUUGUUUUCCCGUGCAUUCAGCAGAUCCAGAGAAUAACUUUGAACACUUUGACUCUGAACGUGAAGAGCGACAAAGUCUACACCCGUCAUGGCGUCCCCAUCUCUGUCACUGGAAUAGCUCAGGUGAAAAUCCAGGGUCAGAACAAAGAGAUGCUGGCGACGGCGUGUCAGAUGUUCAUGGGGAAGUCGGAGGGGGAGAUCGCUCAGAUCGCCUUGGAGACGCUGGAGGGUCAUCAGAGAGCCAUCAUCGCUCAUCUGACUGUGGAGGAAAUCUAUCAGGACCGUAAGAAGUUCUCCGAGCAGGUUUUUAAGGUGGCCUCGUCUGACCUGGUGAACAUGGGCAUCGGUGUCGUCAGCUACACCCUGAAGGACGUCCACGAUGAUCAGGACUAUCUCCACUCUCUGGGUAAAGCCCGAACUGCUCAGGUCCAGAAGGACGCCCGGAUCGGAGAGGCUCAGUACAAGAGGGACGCCGUCAUCAGGGAAGCCCACGCGAUGCAGGAGAAGGUGUCUGCUCAGUACAAGAACGAGAUCGAAAUGGCCAAAGCUCAGAGAGAUUACGAGCUGAAGAAAGCCGCCUACGACGUGGAGGUCAACACCAAGAAGGCGGAGUCUGAGAUGGCGUACCAGCUCCAGGUGGCAAAGACCAAGCAGCGGAUCGAGGAGGAGAAGAUGCAGGUGCAGGUGGUGGAGCGCUCUCAGCAGAUCAUGCUCCAGGAACAGGAGAUCAUGAGGAAGGAGAUGGAGCUGGACGCCAAGAUCAAGAAGCCCGCCGACGCCGAGCGAUACAAGCUGGAGAAGCUGGCCGAGGCUCAGCGCCUGCAGCUCAUCAUGGAGGCUGAGGCCGAGGCCGAGUCCAUCCGGAUGAUGGGAGAGGCCGAGGCGUUCGCCCUGGAGGCUAAAGGCCGGGCCGAGGCAGAGCAGAUGGCGAAGAAAGCCGACGCCUUCAAACAGUAUCAGGACGGAGCCAUGGUCGACCUGCUGCUCGAGAAGCUGCCUCUGAUGGCCGAGGAGAUCAGCAAGCCCCUGUCCUGUGCUCAGAAGGUUACCAUGAUUUCCAGCGGAGGGUCAGAGGUCGGCGCGGCCAAACUGGCGGGAGAGGUGCUGGAGAUCAUGACCAGGCUGCCCAGCGCCGUGGAGAAACUCACCGGGGUCGACAUCUCUCAGGUCACUGGAAAGACACAUUAAGAAGAGGAGUCUGAAGAAGUGCAUUUUCUCCAUGUGCCUAUAAUUACAGUACUGACAUCUACACUAGUCCGUCAUGUGUGUUUGCAUGUUUUUGCAUUUAUAUCAGGUGCCCUGCCAUAGGACCAGCACCAUCAGUACUGUUAAAAUGUUAAAAUGUUAAAAUGUUCGUUUGAAACUAUAGCGUAAAAAAAAUUGACAAUAUUGACUUUUUUAAUUUGAAAUCAACUUUUAAAACGUUAGAAUUAGUUUUAACAUUUUUUUUAUACAAGUAACAAUAAUACAAUCAACGUUUUUUACAUAAUUUCACCUGGUAUUACCUCUUUUUCUAUGUAGGUGUUUGUUAAUUUGUCUGUUACCAUGGCGAUGUGUCUUGUAAGUGGGCAGCGUGUGAUUUUAAAUGUGACGCUUUUCAGACUGAAGCGAGAGGAAGUGGUUCGAGGGAGCAGGGUUUUCCUGUUUGAGUUUAUGAAAGUAUUUUGCGGUGGGAGGAAAAAAAAAAAGAGAAAUGCUGUUAAUUUUAGGCCGCGUCCCGUUUCUUGCUCGUUCCCGUCGUCGCCUCGUUCCUUAAAACUUUUCCUCAGCCGCCAAUCAAGCUCAAAAUAGGCUGCGGUUUUCACGUUUUUAGUGCAGUUAUUGGUUUAUUUUAGAUUAAAUUAGAACCAAAACGGACUUUACUUCUCUGCUGGGUGUUCAUAACCUGCUUGUCUCCACGGAGUAAUGAUUGCUUUUCCUGUAAUGUUCCACGGUACGGCAUUAAACACUAAAACGUGCUCCUGCGGCGUCACGUUCUCGCCUCGUCGCGAUGGACAAUUUUAGCGCUACACUGUGAAAAAUUCCAGCUAAAAUGAUAACAUCCAUUGAGACAAGCAGGUAGAAGACACGCCAAUAGAAAAGUUACGUAAUUUAGCUUUAAUUUCAUGACUACAGUGGGAUUUUUUUUUUUUUGCGCGAUAGUCACAAAAAGCCGUAGCAAAACUCGAGCCAAAUUAGGCAAAUAUGGAAAAACAUAGACUUCUUUUCUCCGUCUGAUAUUGCGGCGUCUCGUAUCCUAUCCACGGUUUAAGUUGCCAUUUGGACCGUUGCCAUAGUAAUUAGCCAUUCAAAAGUCUUCAAAAUGGCGGCUACGAACAGGAAGUUUAAACCCGCGAAUCGAUACCAUCAUUUCGGCCAAAGCUGUGAACGUGAAACGGCUGAAGAUGUGACUGACGGAACCGAGGAGACGAACGAACAGAAACGCGGCGCAGCCUUUAGUCGGACGUCGGCGCCUACUAACCUACUACUGUUUAUAUGCUACUAGUGAAUGUGUUACCGCCGAGCGUAGACACGUCUGCGUAUUGUAGAGAGAUUUCCGUUUCCGUUUAAAGGACGUGUUUAUUCUCCUCAUGUGGACGUCCCGUGUGAGCUGCUUCUUUUUGUUACUGUUCUUAUCCAAAGGUUUUUUCCGCUUCCGAGCCUUAUGCACCGCUCUACCGCCAAGUGCCUGGUUUAAAACGCCUGUCCGACUCGUGUACACUGCAAAAAACGAUAUCUGCAUGAGAUAAAAUGAGUUACAAUCAGAAUAUUCGUCUUUUGUAACAGUUUGGACCAAAAUAGAUGACGCAGGGUAAAGGUUAAAAAUGAAACUGAACUUAACCGAAUGCCCUAAAAUAUUUAAAAUAAUAUGAUUUGACCUCAUCUAAAUCUGACUUUUUCUACUGUGAUGUUCUGCUAGCUGCCUGUAAUGUUCCGCACUACGGCAUUGAAGUUAUUUUUGCAUUCGAUCGUUUACUUGUGUUUACAAAUCCUUCAAAAACCAUGCAUUCUGACUGUGAAUGGGCUCGGCUCGCCUCUCCACCGAGCUGAUCUGUAACUUGGCCCGGUGCUGUUAUCUCCGGAGACGAGGAGAUGAGUUUAAUGUCGUACUGUGGAACAUUCCAGGUAAAGUGAUGACAUCUCUCUGUAGACAAGGUGGCAGUGGAUCGCUCAGAAAAGUUACGUAUUGCAGCUUUCGUGUAUUUUAACUGAGACCAAUGAAUUUUUUCCGUUGGUUUAAAAUCAGUUUAGCCAAAAAUAAAUCUUUUUUUUAAUUUAAAUUUUUAUUUUAAGUGCAAUUUUCUGACCCCAGUGACGGAUAUUUUAGUUUAAAGACUCGAUAUUUUGCUAUUUUUUCUGUUGUAAUGUCGUUUCCUCGUCACAAACAGACCUGGAGUUGUGUUUUGUUUCUGCAGAUUUUUAUGCUGAGUUCUUCUCUCAAACUGAAAACACUCUGUUCCACCUUGUGAUGUCAUCGUGUGGCGAUACAGGAAGUGCUCCGCUGUGUUUUUAAACUCCACACACCUUCAUCUAUAGAAUCAUUUGGAUCAUUUCAGCUUCUAGAAUUGCCACUUAUCUCGACUGAACUAAAGGUAAAAGGAGCUGUUAAAAACUGUUAAACUACCACUUGAUGACAUCACAAGGUGGAACUGAGCGUUUUGAGCUUUGGAGAUGUAACAGACUAAUAAUAAUAAAACAAAACACAACUCCAGGUCUGUUUUUGAGGCGGUAACAGCUUUAGAACAUGACUUAACGCUCACAAUAGUCAAUUUUGUGUAAUUUAGACCUUUUCAAAGCGACGUUACGUUUUAAUCCAAGUCCCAGUUUGGUUUUUUUAACCUGAAGAUAAGUAUUUUGAUUUUAAACCAUUUUACCUCAUGUUGAUAUUUAAUUUUUUACAUUUCUCUGGGAAGCUUUCUUCUUAUCCAAAUCACAAAAGCCAUUGACCGCUGCUGUUCCGAUCUCGAGGUUUAGAGCCACUUUUGUUAAUUGCUCGUAAGUUUAUCUAUGAAAACUAUUAGCAUGUUGUAGUAAAAUUGUAUGACAUUAGUGUUGUGUACCUGUCUAUAUAAAAUGAUUUAAAAUACUGUGUAAAAUAAAUACUUUUCACUGACUAAA